CAGCUGGAACACCGCGCGCCGCCAGGCACAGGUCGGGAUGCGCAGCCGCCUCUGGCUGGGCCUAGCCUGGCUGCUGCUGGCGCGGGCACCGGGCGCUCCAGGAGGGUACCCGCAUCUAGAGGGCGACGUGCGCUGGCGCCGCCUCUUCUCCUCCACCCACUUUUUCCUGCGUGUGGACCCUGGUGGUCGGGUGCAGGGGACGCGUUGGCGGCACGGCCAGGACAGUAUAGUGGAGAUCCGUUCUGUCCGUGUGGGCACUGUGGUGAUCAGAGCUGUGUACUCAGGCUUCUAUGUGGCCAUGAAUCGCAGGGGCCGCCUCUAUGGGUCGGUUCCGGGAGCGCAUCGAGGAGAACGGCUACAACACAUAUGCCUCGCGACGUUGGAGGCACCGCGGCCGACCCAUGUUCCUGGCACUUGACAGCCAUGGCAUUCCCAGGCAAGGCAGACGGACUCGACGGCACCAACUGUCCACACACUUCCUGCCAGUCCUGGUCUCGUCUUGAAGGGCCUGCUGAUGUUUCAGGAGGCAUGGGUGGCACACGGGGCCUGGAAGAUCUGGAGCUGAGCAGCCAAGGGCCAGGCCAGAGACCCUGGGCCAACACGUGUCUUUAUGUUACAAGCCGGGUGCCUGCUGGUUGCCAGGCAUGGAGACAUGGCAGGGCCCCUGCAAGUGAAGCCAGCGCUCAGGGGGAUACACAGAACUGGCAGUUUCCAUCCAUCUAGUUUGGAGGUGAGAACACUCUGGGCACAGCAUGGAGAGGCUUGGAGGUGGGGACACACCAAGUGGAUGAGAGCAGACAGGGAGGACCAGGAAAGGCAGAGGGCAGGGCCCAGGUCAGCGGGAACACAGACAUGUUCGCCCAUGUGGCCAAAGUUUGGGGCUGGAGUUAAGAGCACUUCUUGUUUUUCCAAGGGGCCUGAGUUUAGUUAUCCCACAUCAGGCUGCUCAUAACAACCCAUAUCUCCCACCCCAAAGAAUCUGACUCCCUUUUCUGUUCUCUGCAGGCACCUGCACUAGUGUGCACAUACCCUGCACCCACACACGUAAAAAAAAUGUUUUUUUGAGAAAAGGUCUCUACAUAACCCUGCUGUCUUGGAAUUCA